CAAGAAAUAAGACACUAAACACUGCACUUCAUUUAGCUGCAAUGAAGGGACACAAAGAAGUAGUAGACUUUCUGAUAAAGCAUGGCGCGGCUGUUGACGCAAGUGACGAGGAUUUGGACACCACACUUCAGCUUGCUGCAAGGAAUGGAUACAAAGAAGUAGUAGACCUGCUGAUACAGAGCAUGGCGCGGCUGUUGACGCAAGAGACGAGGAUUUGGAUACCACGCUUCAGAUUGCUGCAAGGAAUGGACACAAAGAAGUAGUAGACCUGUUAAUAAGGCACGGCGCGUCUGUUGACGCAAGAAAUAAGACACUAAAUACUGCACUUUUCUGGGCUGCAAUGAUG